UGAGGUCCGGAAGGAUUUUUAGAGAAUCAUCAGAGCCGUACAUACAUCGUGAAAGUGAAGAAUAAAUUCUAGAUUGGGCAACAAUCUCAUCAAAAUCAAAGCGCUGUAAAUCUCACGCAUUCACGGAGAGAAGAGGAGAGGACCCAAUUAACAGUGAGACUCACUCGAUCACAGCUCCUCCAAUGGCGAAACUGGAACAGAGCCAAGGAAGCUCGGUCGCCGCCGAUCUAGUCUCCUUCUUGAACGCUUCUCCCACGGCUUUUCACGCCGUCGAUGAAGUGAAGAAGCGACUGAGCAGUGCCGGAUAUGAGCAAGUUUCAGAGAGAGAGGAUUGGAGUUUACAAGCGGGAAAGAAGUAUUUCUUCACAAGGAACUACUCUACGAUUGUUGCUUUUGCAAUUGGUAAAAAAUAUGUUGCUGGAAACGGAUUCCAUAUAAUCGGUGCUCAUACUGACAGUCCUUGUUUGAAAUUGAAGCCUGUUUCAAAGGUAUCAAAAGGUGGGUUUUUGGAAGUUGGUGUCCAAACAUAUGGAGGUGGUUUAUGGCACACAUGGUUUGAUCGUGACUUAACUGUUGCUGGAAGGAUGAUAGUGAGAGAAGGAAAAGAUGGUUCUGUUUCCUACUCGCAUCGGCUAGUUAGGAUUGAUGAGCCCAUAAUGCGGAUCCCAACCUUGGCAAUCCACUUGGACAGGGGUGUUAAUGAUGGAUUUAAGGUGAACACACAGAGUCAUCUUCUUCCAGUCUUGGCUACGUCAAUCAAGGCAGAGCUUAAUAAAGUGGUUUCUGAGAAUGGUCCUGUUGAAAGUGGAGAUUCAACUGAUGGAAAGAAGUCCACUGAAAAGUUGAGCACUGACAACAAAAAGCAUCAUUCUCUUCUUUUGCAGCUUCUUGCAGCUCAGGUUGAUUGUGAACCAAAUGACAUAUGUGACUUUGAGUUGCAAGCAUGCGAUACACAACCAAGUAUAAUUGCCGGUGCCACAAAAGAAUUUAUUUUCUCAGGAAGACUUGAUAAUCUCUGCAGUUCAUUUUGCUCUUUAAAGGCGUUGAUAGAUGCUACGUCUUCUGAGAGUUGUCUUGAGGAUGAGGCUGGGGUAAAGAUGGUUGCCUUGUUUGAUCAUGAGGAGAUUGGAUCUGAUUCAGCACAGGGAGCUGGAUCUCCUGUAAUGUUGGAUGCUCUGUCACGAAUUACAAGUUCUUUCAGCUCCGAUACGAAGUUGCUGGAGAAGGCAAUCCAGAAGAGUUUCCUUGUAUCUGCUGACAUGGCGCAUGCUUUGCAUCCUAAUUAUAUGGAUAAACAUGAAGAUAAUCAUCAGCCCAAGUUGCAUGGUGGGCUUGUAAUCAAACACAAUGCAAAUCAGCGCUAUGCAACCAAUGCCAUCACUUCCUUCAUAUUUAGGGAGAUUGCAAUCCAGCAUAACCUUCCCGUCCAGGAUUUUGUGGUUCGCAAUGACAUGGCUUGUGGUUCAACCAUCGGUCCAAUUCUGGCGAGUGGUACAGGGAUUCGAACAGUUGACGUUGGGGCCCCUCAAUUAUCAAUGCACAGCAUAAGAGAGAUGUGUGCAGUUGAUGACGUUAAACAUUCCUACGAGCAUUUCAAGGCCUUCUUCCAAGAGUUCUCUCAUCUUGAUGCCAAGAUCACAGUGGACAUUUAGGUCUCCGUGUCUCAUUUCCUUGAGAGUGCUAGUGCUUUGUACCGUCAAAUCCUUGGGCAUCUAGAUUACAAUCAAAGCCGCUGAAGUAUAUUUCUGACAACAUACUUGGUUCCUGGGUUGACUACCAGUGCUUGGAGAGCUAUUUGUCUGUUUGAAUUGUGUUGAACUUGGUGCAAUCUAGUAGAAUUACAUCUAAUAAGUCAAAUAGAUAUUGAUUGAUCUUGAGCUGUUUCAUUACUGGGCGGAUUUUCAGAUAUGAACCAACUUUAAAUAUGUGCAGGUGGUGGAAUAGUGUCCUAUUGGUGAACCUUUGGUGCAGUGGCUGUGUUUGGAUAAUGCUACUGAAAGUUAAUUCUCUGAAAGUCCUUCUGAAGUGGGUUUUUCUUGGUUUUUUGGUGUUCAUCUAUAUUGUUAGAGCCCGUGGAAGCAAUUAUCUUCUGUUGGAACUAGACCAUGUGUGUGAAGAAAAGCUUGAUAACGAAUAUUGUAUCAAUUGACCUUUUUUCCAAUAAAAAUCAUGGACGUAAACUUGUAAUACCAUUUGGGAUAUAAAUUUGUGUAGGCUGUGUUUGAA